UUCAUAGUCUCCAAAUGUUUGAAAAAUCAACAAAAUAAUAUAUACCUCAAAAUUUUAAGAUAAGAUUGAAUUAACACACUAGCUACCUUCUCGACUGUACCCUACCUAUCCCUUCUAACAAUCAACACAUUACAUACUAAUUUCUCACACAAAUUCUCAUUAAAAUAAGCAAAAAGGAUUCACAUCUUCAAUCUCAAUUCUCAAAUGAGCAAAAUCAGUGUCAACCUCAAAUCCUCAAUCUUAAAUUUUCUACUAAUUGUAAGCUUACGGGUGAUUGAAAAUAUAAGAUAAGCUCUUCGGCCGGCAACCAUGCUCAUCGGUCGAAAUUUUCGCUGCCGUCUUGCCGGUGAAACUGGUUUGCUUUAACCUAUGUCUAGCUUGAUCUCUUCGUUGACGAAUCUCACCGACCCAACAUUCCUUUUCGCCGGCGACUAUUCACCAAUGAUUUCCCCGGCGUUCAAUAUCAUCUUUCACCAGAAAAGGAAAAGGAACGAUUUUUGUUCAAUGGCUCAACAGAUCUCAUAGUUUGUUGUGUUUACUGUUUGCAAAAUAAAAAAAAAUAAAAAAAAAACGGUGGUGUUUUAUUAAUUGCAGACUUUUUACUUUUAUCAAGGUUUAAUAAGUGGGACCCAUUUAAUUUAUUGUUCCUUAAACAGUGUCCCAGGGGCACUGUUUAGCAGCACCCUUCUUUUAUUUGUUGACUUUCUUGUUUAAUUUGAAGUUACUACACUCAUCCUUAAUGUCAGGCUGCUGCAACAAUACGGUUGAUUUCAAAAAAGAAAAGAACUGAUUGGUUACACAUCGAGAUUUUGUGCGUGACAAAAUUGAAAGAACUCAUAAUAAAACUGGAAAGGUUAGCGAUGUUGUGUUUGAGUGGCUAAAGGAAACAGAUAUACUCAUACAACAGUUGGAGAAUCUGUCGGCACAAGCAAUAACAAGAAAACAAUUUAAAAAAUUGUUGAAAAGAGUAAUGGAACAGAACACGAAAGUACCUUCAGGAAAUUACAUUCAGGAAUCUUCAACUCCAAUUCCAAGUUUAGAACACUUCUCUUCAGGAAAUUUAAUGUGUUUUAAUUCUAGAGAGAAGAUCUCCGAUCAACUUUUUGUGGCAUUGAAAGAUGAUAGUUCUAUGAUUGGAUUGUAUGGUAGCCAGGGCUCGGGUAAAACAACAUUGGUGGAAGCAAUGGCCAAAAAAGUAAAGUAUUUAGAGAUUUUUCAUGAGGUUUUAUUUGUCAAGGUAACCCAAAAUUCAAAUAUUAGAACAAUGCAAGAUGAAAUUGCUAACUCAUUAAAUAUGAAAUUUGAUAAAAACAGUGAAUCUGGAAGAGCCAGAGAAAUAUUCUCAACAAUAGAAAGUAUGAAUUGUCCAAUUCUAGUCAUUUUUGAUAAUGUUCCAGCAAAAUUCGACCCAGAAGAUAUAGGCAUUCCUUGUAAUAGUAAUCGCUGCAAGAUUCUUUUGACCACUUGUUGCCAAAAAGAUUGUGACUUGUUGUCCGGUCAAAGGGAGAUUCAACUUGAUCCUUUAUCUAGACUGGAAGCUUGGAGUUUGUUUCAAAAACAUUCAUGUUUUUAUGAUGAUGAGAAAUACUCGAGAUUUGACUUAUUGAAUGUGGCAUAUGAAGUUGCUUUAGAAUGUGAAGGGUUACCUAGAACAAUUAAAGAUGUGGGAUCUUUCUUAAAAAGUAGACCAAUUGAAGAAUGGAAAACAACACUAGAUAUUCUGAAACAUUCAAUGGCCAAAUGGCAAAUUUUUCUUAGUUUUAGAGGAGAAGAUACACGUUACUCUUUUACAGGUUAUCUUUAUCAAGCUUUAUCUCAAGCGGGAUUCAAGACCUUCAUGGAUGAUGGAGGACUGCAUACUGGAGACCAAAUUUCACCCUCUCUUGUAAAUGCAAUUGAAGCAUCGAGGCUUUCGAUUAUUGUUUUAUCUGAAAACUAUGCAAAUUCCUCAUGGUGUCUUGAAGAACUUGUCAAGAUUCGUGAGUGUAUGAAGUUGAAGAAUCAAUUAGUUUGGCCUAUCUUUUACAAAGUGGACCCAUCAGACAUAAGGCAUCUGAGAAAAUGUUAUGGCAAAGACAUGGAUCGACAUGAAAAUAAUUUUGGAAUUAACUCAGAAAGAGUGCAGAAAUGGAGGUCAGCUUUGUUUGAAGUGUCUAAUUUAUCCGGAAAGGCUUAUACAACCGGGUACGAAUAUGAAUUUAUUCAAAAGAUCGUGGAAGAUGCCAAUCGUAUUAAAAGUCGUUUGCAAAUACGAAGAGCAUAAUAUGGACUUGAAAGAAGAUUUUUUUUUUGAUAGAAGAUGUUAAUCAUAUUAAAGAUGUUAAUCAUAUUAAAGAUUGUUUUGCAUAUCGAAGAUUAACCACAUAAAAGCUAUUAUGUAAGGUACGAACGUUAGCUCUUUCUCUAAAACAAUGAAGCCAAUCCAUAAGAAUACAAUGAAGCCAAUCCAAGAGUGACCCUAAGGCGACAAUCGGAACAGCAACCAGUUCCAGCUGAGCAAGUCAAUCAAAACACUAUGAUGUACACAUCGUCGAUACUGGAUGUUUUCUGCAUAAUGUAACAGGAUGGCAUCAUGGCAGUUAAAACAGGUUGAAGAGAAUUUAUCUCAGUGGAACCAAUGUUGGCCGAAGCAAUGGGUGUCAGAUGGGGCUUGCAGACUGCACUGGAAAUAGGCCUGAGGGACAUUACAUUAGCCACAAUCGAAACUACGUGUUGCCAACUUGAAGAAGUUUCUUAAAUCCAAAAUAGAAAUUAUUUUGCAGUGAAUUUAGAGCCGUGAAACCUCUGAGUUUCUGCCCCUUGUAUCCUUUCUGCAUGUGUAAUACAGAAAUUCAGUGAAUUAUCUGUGUGUUAUGUAUGGAGAAGUCAGAGAGUUUAUUGAAAGUUCACAUAUUAUUGCUAUUUUGCUAUUCA